CGCCAUGCCAUCCGCCGGCAGCCAUCUUGUCCGCCAUUUGUACAAUACCCCACACAGGUUGUCAGUAAUUUGAACUAGGGAGUACCUUUAAAAUUAUGUAUUGUAUAUACCUUUUAUUAUGAUCCUGAAGCAAACGUCAACAGUGAGAGCAUCAUGAGUAACAACAAGCCGCGUUCAAGCAAACCGUAUGAUCCGAACAAUAGCUUUGUUAAGAAAGUUGCGUCCCGAGUUUCGGGACUUAUUCCCAAAUCAACAUCAUGGUUGUCGGGGUGGUUCUCACCCAACGCUGCUGCUGAGCCGGGAACAAGUGACAGAGUCGAGCAGACAAACAAUGAGGAAGAGCACUUUGAAGAUGCUCUUGAAAAACCACCUCCUGCCAAGAGGUUUAAGGUGACAGCAAACCAGCAGUAUGUUGAGACCUACAACAGAUGUCAAACAAUAGAGCCCGGUGAAGGUAGCAGUAGACUUGUUCCAAACAAUUUUAUUGACACCUCUGCCAUUCCGGGUCCCAGUGGCCUAGGAAAUCGCGCUGGUUUUGUGGCUUCAACUCCAGCUACCACCUCUGUUGAGCACCUUGAACCUAAAGCCAAUGGAGAUGAUUGCUCGGAGAGUGGUGAAUCAACCAGUGGUUGCUCCUCUCUGGAACCACAAAUCAAUAGAGGAAUACCUUGUGCCCAGAAUCAAUCAAGGCAAAAUGACUCAAUUUCCCCAAGGAAACAACAUCUUAUUGAUGAGAAACUCAAUUACAGCUAUUUGCAAAAUUCGAGGUCUUUAUUUCUUGACCGCACUUCCAACAGUCGGAGUAAUCAGACUGUUGGGCGACGCAACAACCCAUCCUUUUGUGUCAGUACUUUUGGGACUCCCCUGUUUGGAGAAAGGGGUAAUGUGAAUGACCUUAUCCUUAACUCCCCUUUUUAUUCUGGACGAACUACCUAUGGAGGUGCUUCCUCAGCUUCUUACCGCCGGUCACUUGGAUCAGCAUCCCUCUCAUCUUCCCCCGCCAACAGCGAGAAGUUGGCUAGACACACCAUCAAGGUGAAACCAGGCAAUUCUCAAUCCACUGCCGAUACCAGCAUGAGCCAAACUGCCAAGAGAAUUUUAGCUACUCUAGAGCAAUUUUCAACCCCUAUUUUGGAUGCUAAGCGUAUCCCUGUCUCUCAAGAGCCAGUUUUGGCAAGUUUGGGGAGUAGGAAACGCACUCGUGCCGAUGAUUUAGCAAAUCCACAGCUUGUUCUAGAGCAGCCACGAGUACCUAAACGCACUUCAAACAAGCCUGUUCACUGGGCCAAAGGCGCCCCUAGUACAUCUCAAUUGACAAUUCCCACAGUUCCUGACACAUUGAUCCAUAGAAGACAAAAAGUUUUUCAAGAACCAUUCUCAACUGCUACGCAGCCAUCCAGUACAAAAGCUGACUCUUAUGAACUUAGGUCUGAAAUUGAUGACAACAGCGCCACUAGAAACUUGUUAAAAAUGAAACAGAAACCACGCCUUACUGAAAAAGUAAUCAAGGAGCCUGAAAUGGCCCCGGAAGUCAAUCUCCCUCAAGUUCCUCUACAAAUAUCUACUCUUCCUACUUUUGACAUCAGUGUACCUGCUCCUAAACCUGAUGUACCGAAGACUUCUUCACCAUCUGUGUCAUCAUUUGGAUCUAGUAGCUUAAGCAAGCCACAGCCUGCAUCCCGUCCGUCAGCGACAGCAGCCAGUUCUCCUGUACUUGCAUUCAAGCUCAGUACAGAUUCUAAUCCAGGAUUCAAACUCAGCGCUGAUGCGGCAGCUGCAUUCAAACUCAGCACUGAUGCUGUACUCUCGGAUGCAUCUUUCUCCUUCUCUUCUCCUAUAAGAGUAUCAACAGCAAGUAAGGAACAGACAACCCUCACACCUGUCAACAAUUUCACCUUUAGCAACCCCUUACCAGCAUCUGCCAAGUUUAUGGAGUCUUCUAAUACUAGUGUCAAACCUCGUCCGAGAACAACUGAAGCAUCACCGAGGCAGAGUGAUAGUUUCCCUGGCGGUUUGAAGCCAGCAUCUCAACUGAAGGCUGGUAGUGUUAUGGAUAUCUUGGGGAAGAGCAAGAGUGAUGCCACACCAAGUGCCAAUGGAAGUCUUUCACUCAUGGACAAAUUCAAACCUGCGGCUGGAACGUGGGAAUGUGAAAAAUGUUUGAUUAGAAAUAAGAGUGAUGUGACAAAGUGUGCUGCUUGUGAGAACCCAAGAGAGGCUAAGACUCCAAAUGUGAGUGAAUCUACCGAAACCAAGGCGACUCAAGUUAUUGCUCCUCUGAAACCCGCAUCUGACUUUGGAGCCCAAUUCAAGAUGGCAGGAGGUAUGUGGGAAUGUUCAGCCUGUAUGGUCAGGAACAAGGAUUCUGAAGUCAAGUGUGUGGCUUGCACAACUGCCAAGCCAGGUGCUGCACCACCACCCAAGCCGGCCGCUGCAACUACGAGCUUCUCAGGAUGGGGAGACAAAUUUAAACCUCCCAGUAAUACUUGGGAGUGCAGUGUGUGCAUGGUGCGGAAUGGUUCAGAGCUUUCUGCUUGCCAGUCAUGUAGUACAAAGAAGCCUGGCUCCAUUGAAACGACAAGUCCUCCAGUAAAGAGCAGCUGGGGUGAUCAGUUCAAAAAGCCAGAAGGCUCUUGGUCGUGUGGUGACUGUAUGGUAACAAACAAGUCUACGGAUUUAAAUUGUGUUGCUUGUUCAGCCAAGAAGCCAGGCUCAGAUGCCUCAGCUUCACCUGCCAAACCAAGCUCUCAGUUUAGUUUUGGCAUCACACCUUCAAAUAAUAGUGGAUCUGCUGCUCCAGCCUUUUCCUUUGGAAUCCCUAAAGACAACAACGAAGGAAGUGAGGGGGAGAAGUCAGGUGUCAGCAGUUCCACAGGUUUCAAAUUAGGAGACAGCAAACCAGCUGCGUCUGCUACAUUUUCGUUUGGAGUUCCUCCUCCAUCUACCUCUGCAAGUGCAAGUCCAGCAUCCUCAGGUGCUUCCAGUGGCGUCUCCAUGUUCGGCAGUGUGCCUAGUGCAGCAUCGACCACUAACCCUGCACCAGUGGAGAAGAAACCAGCAGAGUCGGCAGCACCUGAGGCAGCUAAACCAACCUUUUCAUUCGGUGUUCCUGCUGCUUCUGCUGCAAAGCCAACCACAUCAAUGUUCUCUUUCUCUCCGGCUUCAACUGCUCCUGCCGAAACGACAAAACCCACCAGCAGCACUGGAAGUCCCCUUGGGGGAAAGCGAAAAUUGGGUGAUGAUGCACCAAGCAGUUCAGCCCCAUUCAAAUUCGGUUCUGGUGGCAGUCCAGCUCCGCAGUCGCAGGCCAAGCCUGUUGUUACAAGUACUUCCUCAGUGUCCUCCACAUCCGGUCCAGUUUUUUCGUUUUCAUCGGGUUCAAAUGCCAGUGCCUUGUUGACAGCCGCCGUUACCAGCACAGCAAACGGUCAGAAUGCUGUGGAAGCCAAGAGUGGCACCACCAACAGCCUCUUCGCCGUGGCCGCCCCCGCGUCAUCGUCUCCCAAACCGGCCAUAUCGUUUGGUGCAAGUGCAAAUGCAACCAAGGACGAGUCGGUAUCAAGUACAUGGAAACCACCCUCGCCAAGAAAUGCCACCAAUGUUGAUGGACCCAAGCCAGCCGCUGACACCAACGGGGCUCCCGCCGCAGUCAAGACAUUCUCCUUCGGAAGCAACGUUUCUUCAAGUAGUAUGGCCUUUGGUGCAAAUGCAAGCUCCGCCGCUCCUGCCUUUUCGUUUGGCCCUGGUGCUUCUGAUAAGACUGCCGCUACGAGCAAAGCAGCUAUCUCUUUCGGUUCAACAUCAUCAUCAGCCACAUCCCUCUUCAGUGCACCAGCAUCUACUGCACCUUUGUUUGGUUCCGGGUCCAGCACUUCGGCAAGUGCCACACCUGCGUUUGGAUCAGCGAACCACGUUGGGUUUGGAUCUCUGACCUCUCCAGCAAACCCCGCCCCUGCCUUCCAAGCAACCAACUCUUCAGCACCUAGCUUUAGUGCUCCUGUAGCUUCUGCGUUUAGCUCUUCUUUUAGUGGAGCCUCAGAAGAAAAGAAAGAAGCAUUUUCAUUCAGUGCUCCCCCAGCCAAGAAGUCUGCUGGGUUUGCUUUCAGUGCACCUGAAGACACCAAGAAAGUCUUCUCCUUUGGCCAAACUGCCUCUGAUGAUUCAAAGAAGAGUGCUGCUAGUUUUUCGUUCACGGCAGCAGCUCCAAGUGCUGCUCCAAAUUCAUUCCCUGCUGCGCCCUCUUCGGUGUUCACAUUUGGUGCAGCUGCACCUGCUCCUGCCUCCAAUGGUCCUGCAAAGCCGGACUUCGCCUUUGGUGGAAACCAGCAACCUUCUUUCCCUAGUUUCAACUCUCAGCCAGCAUCUUCAACUGCUGGCUUCAGUUUCGGAGGUGCAACCCCAUCUUUUGGAAGUGUGGAUGGCAAUGCUGCUCCAGCCCCUACCCCAUUUGGAGGUGCUGGUUCCUUCAAUAGCCCAUCAUUUGGCACAGCCAGCCCUCAGCCAAGUGGGUUUAACUUUUCUGCGGGAAACUUAUCAGGUUUCGGCACACAGGCCCAACCUGCGUCUGGUGCAUUUAAUUUUAGUGCGGAUCCAAAACCAUCAUUUUUCUCAGCAACUCCCUCACAAGAUCCAUCUGCGGCGCCUGGACCUCGGCGUAUCAAACGGGCAACUCGAAGAGUACCUCCUAAAUAAAGCAUAGGGCUAAACUAUGAAUCACAUCAGCCUUGCUUUAUAAGAUCUCUUUGAGUGAGAAGAUCAUCAUGCUGUGUCUUUAGUUAGAAAAUUUACUGCAUUAUGCUACUGAAUUUCGAUUAACUACUGGCAUUAACCAGACUGUCUGAAAAUAUUUGUGAUAAAUCAACACUGGCUUUUCAAGAACUUCAGGCUCAGUAACUGCUCAUAGUACAUUAAUAUUUUACAUUUUUUUACUUUGUGUUGAGAGGAGUUUCAGUAAAUUACUGAAAGUUAUUAUAUGAAGUACUCAACAGUAGGUAUGGUUGUAAAAAUGUAUCAACUGGAUUUAAUCAAUUAUUUUGUGUUUCUGUUUGUGGAAAUAUUGUGUAAUCUUCAUGGAUAUGAAUGUGAUUUUUGGGACAAACAUUUUGACUGUUGUAUUAUAAUACUUGCUUAUUGGGUCUGGCAGAGGGGAAAUGGCCUCUGUUACGUGUCUUCUGUGAAACACAAGAUCCGUUUAGUCAUAGUUGCAAUUUUCUGAAAAUAUAUUAUAGUUUUUAAAGGGUCAACAUGUUCUAUGAACAAGUUCUCUAUCUCUUUGAAUUUUUAAAUUUGAAUCAUUUUUACUUGUAUACAUGGUGUUAAGAAGUUGUGGACUUUUUUUUGUAGCAUUUUCAAAUCUGACAAAAAAAUAAUUAAAUGUUUCUCCCCUCCAAAAUCUGUGAUUUUGGGUAACUAUCAUUUGUAUGAAUGCCCCAAAAGAUAAUAAAAGAACUGUGUGUAAGGUA